AUGAAUGUCCAUUUUCAACUGCAGGGCGAGUUUUCAGAUGACGACUUCAAAGUACUUUCGAAAUGGUUGAGCAAUACAUUUAAAGAAUUUAUUUCUGGAGGUGUACUUUCAUCUAUGGGCCUUAACUGUGACUUGACAAUCUCCUUUCGAGUUUUCUUUCCUGAAUCUACUUUAAUGGCAGUUAAAAUGGAACAUGAAUUGGUGAAAAUGGGUGAACAAAAGCAGAUGGAAGGCUCUACAGCAGAUUUGGACGUUCCAGACACUUAUACUAUUUCUAGGCAGAUAAAAAUCCAGGAAAAUCCGCCAAUCAGUAUUGUUUAUUCGCUAAUUGGCAUCGAGGAUGACAGUACGAAUAAUGAUUGGGAUGGCUUCCAUGGAAAUAUGCCUAUUAUCGAUCAUUUCCCUUUGGUGGCAUUAGAAGAUGUCGACUUUGUUGGUGCUAAUUAUCAGCAAAAUAGCCAAAGUGAUUAUGAUAGCGGUUAAACAUAUAGUAAGAUAAAUUCAACUUAUACUCCUUCGCUUAUUUCCUAUUUAUGUGAAAUUAUAAGACGAAAAUCUGCAUAUCCCUCUCUUUCAUUAUUGUCUUAAUGCUUGUAUUUCUGAGGAACUGUCUCCAAUAAUUAUAAAAGUAGGAUAACACGAAGGGAUUUUGUUGUAGAUAUGUACAUGAUGAAAUUGUGUAGACAGUUCUUCGAACAGCACUUUUUCCGUGCUUUUCAUGCAAAUAAAACAAAAAUAGAUAAAUUGACCUACUGGCGAGUUUAAUUUGAUGUAUGUAUAG